UCAAGCAGUGCGGUUUUCGUCCGUCCGUGAUCCGUCUCUCUCGUCCUCCCUCGUUGUUGUUAAGUCAAUCUAUCGGGCGGUUGUGUGCCCCUUUCGUGUUGAACGUCCUCAUCCGAGUGAAGGGCCUAAGGCCAGCAGCGUCGUGCGUUGCUACGAAACGAAAGCAAAGGUGAGCGGAGCUCCACCAAGUGUGCGUGUUGAUGGUUGAUUAUUUUGUGUGUCUUCUUGAAAACCGUACCCCCGUUGUGAGUUUCUUGUGUUUUAAGUUUUUUGUGCGAAAUUUUAUGUGAUUGCGCGCUCGCGCCCUUCUGUUCUUUCGAUCCACGACGACAAGUGGUGUCUACGCCUACUACGUGUGCCUGUGUGCGCGAGUAUCGUGUUCUAGAAACACCAAGCCUCGCGUUCUUUGCCUCAAGAAAGUGCUUUGGAAUAAAUUUACUUGAGGUUGCGACACGGCAACGCAUCGCCUCCGUGACACUUUCUGACAAUUCUAAGCAGCAGCAGCAAAAGCAGCAUUUCUUGGUCGGAAUUUUAAGCCACAGGUCCACGAACGACAAGCAUAGGCUCCCUGGCAGUGGCAGGUGAGAUCAUAGCCAUCGUUGCGCAAAGAAGCGAGAGAGGAGAACGAUUCAAACGAGACCCAAACCGACUCUACUCGACGGCUCCGGAAUUUUAAGCAGCUCGUCUAGUAGGCGCACAAGAAAGAGCGAGCGAGCGAGCGGGACCGAACGAGAGAUACACAGAAGAUAAUGUACGAUAAGUUCGCCGAGGCCGAUUGCAGCAACUGAGUUGAGCCAGCAAAGGAGCAAGCAGAGCACAGAGUAAGACCGGCGUGGGCCGCGCCACCGCUAGGGAUGGCGCUGCGACUACGCAAGGAUGUCCAGAAGGCAUCCUACUACGUCUGGUUUCUGGGUGCCCAGGAAGCGAAGGCCUUGCGUGGCACUCGCACCCUGCUGCCCAUGAUACCGCGGAUGGUGGAGAAAUCGAAGGAACAGGAACCGCUCAAGGUUACGCUGCAGGUUUCGCAUAAAGGAUUAAAGAUUGUUCAGGGUUCGGCCAAACACUUUAUACCGCACGGGGCAAUCACCUGCUCGGUACAGACGGAAGACAUCGUCGCCUGUACGCUGCUGCUGUACAAUCCGGCCACCAAGUGUCCACUGCACGUGCACGCCUACCGGUGCGACUCGGAGCUGACCGCCCAGGCCCUCCACGAUCAGCUGCAGAUACUGAUCAAUCGACCAGAAAACCAGAAACGCUACACCGAGCUGGAGACACGUCUCGGGCUAGCAGCGCAGCUAGCCGGAGGUCCGUGCGGUCCGGCCACACAUCCAUCGACCACCAGCUCGGCCAUCGCCACAACACCGCUGGACGGUGGUGGAGGAGGAGGAGGAGGAGGACGAGGCAACAACAACAGAAUGGGACGACGGUACGAGUCACCGCGCCGUACUGCCGGUGGUGCUGCUGCCUAUCACCACAAUCCGCACCAUCCGCAUCAUCCGGGCGACUCACACUCCCAGCACGGUAGCAGCGACACCGGGACGAGCACACGCGAAUCCGAAUGUUCCGAGGAACACUCACCAACGAGUCCCGCCCUUUCGCCGCUCAUCAGCCAAUCCAAGCUGUACGAUUCGCUGGCAGCGGAACUGCGCGAAAAGCUGAGCGGUGGAGUGCCGCUCCUGCUGCCAACCAAGGAGUACGGUGACAAGACCAGCCCCACGUUGGCCACCGAGGCCGCCAAUCGACGGAUCCGUACCAGUGGAGUCUGUCUGACCGGUGGCACCAACACCCCCUCGACCGGUCACAACAAACAUGGCGUCUCAUCGCGCGGUUCCUCCGGCAUCGGAUCCGAUUUGGCCCCCAGCCCAGAACGUCAUGAUCCGCCGAGUUCGAGUGAAGAUGAAUGGGUAAACGAUCAAGAACCGGCACUGCACGGAUCGUCACACAAUCUGGUCGGAAGUCGGGCUACCCGGGACAGCCGUGGUGGCUAUCGGGAUGAGAUCCGCGAUGGACCGGUGACACGCAUGAGCCAGUAUCGCGACGCUCCACCGACGGCUUACCUCUACCCGAAUGUACGCGAUGAGGCACCGAUCCAGGCGGCACGCAACCGUCACCAUCAGCGUUCGUCGAGCCGCGAGGAGAACCGCAGUCUGCAGGGUUCCGUAAAUUCGCACGAGGAAGAGGUGAAACCGAUCAUCACCAACCACACGCCACGCUACCGGAACCCAUUCAAAUCGACCGAGGAAGCGUACGUGGUGGAGGAGCGUCGCAGCAAGAAGGUGCCAGAAGGCAAAAAGUAUCACGACGAGCCGGUUGCCGUUGGUGGUCGUGGUCGUGCUGGUGGUCGGAGCUAUCCACCGGAGGAUCGUAUCGAGGAACCGGCCCCUGUCGGUGGACGAGGGUACUUUGAGGAUGAGUACGAGCGUGAGCGUGCGAACGCUUACCGGGAAAAUCUGACCGAUCGGCAGAAGUACCGUGAGAUCGUUAGCGAUGGAAGUGGCAAGGGAUACCGCAAGGAGUACGAUCGCCGGGGCCCAUCGAUGGGUUACGGAGAGCCACAGCAUCAUCAUCGGGGCGAGUAUCAUCAUCGGGAGUACUCUCCGGAGCGUCCCGUUCCUACUGCUGCUGUCGGCAACGGUAUGCAGUCGUCCGGCGGUCGUAGCAAGCAUGUAGCUCCCCCGCAGCAGCAGCACGAGCGACAGGAUUUCAAGAUCGAACGUGAAGCGUACCAGCAGCGUGGUGGUGGUGGUCACGCACCAGCACCAACCAACCCGGUGAGAUCGUCCCGUGAGUCGUCGGGCUAUAAGGUUGAUCGAGCAGGCCAGGUUGCAGCUGGUGGCCAUCAACGGUACUCCCGUAGCGGCGAUGAUCAGCACGAUGGUGUUGGUGUCUCUCACGGAAUGUAUCGCGAUGGACGGCAUGCGAUGGAUCGUGGUCAUGACUCACCACGCACUGGCUACAAGAUGGCAGACAAGUACGAGGAACGCUGGCGACAGGAAGCGAUGGCUGUCGGAGUGCAGGAUCGUUAUAUCGAUCCCGAACCGGCCACAUCGACCGCCCACCGGCGGCCGUAUCAUCGUGAGGAGCAGUCAAAACACACGUCCGCACCGGGGGCCGUAGUGGAGUCGUGGAAGGGUGCUGGUACCGAGGUACCGAGGAAGAAGUCGGUCGAGAUACGAACGAGUUCACCGGAAUCGACGAUGCAUCGCAUAUCGCCCAAGGAUCGCUUCCAGACGGCCAAGGAAAAGUUCCAGCAGAUGGAACGUGAACGGCACGAACAGGAGCGGCUUGAGCAGGAACGGCUCGAACGGGAGCGGCUGCUGCACAGCAAGCGGACGGUCGAGGUGCACACAUCGGCCAUUCCGCCACGCCGUGGAUCACUGGAACCGACGGCCGUUAGCUCGCACGAUAGCAACGGUUGGAGCUCACCGGAUGAAGAGGAAGAAGAGGAAGAGGAUGAGGAGGAAGAUCUGCGACACGGGCGCGGUGGACGUAGCUCCAACGGGGGUAGCAGUGAUCGACGCGCCCCGGUCAGCUACCGUGAACUGUCGCCGGCGGAACGAUUUCCGGGGCUGGACCGUGAACCACCGCCACCCGGACGUGGUCCCCGUAUGAUGCCGGCCAAAAGUCUGAGCAACCUGGUGAAGGGCUAUCGACACAGCUAUGCCGAACCGCGGCCACCGCCUGUCUCGCGCAGCAGUGGCCGUGUUGGACUGGCCGCCGUUAAUCCUUAUUGAGGCGGAAUAGGGGGCGAAAUCCAGGUGCUGGUUCUGACCUGAACAAUGAAAUACUCUAAUUAGAUGACGAUGAGCCGUGAUGAUGACGAGAGCAAUGGCGCAUCUCGGAGCGGUGGGUUUUUGUGAGCAUAGAGAUUGUUUUCUGUUUUUUCCGUUUUUCCUUUUUUUUUUGUUUUCAAUGUGCCUUAUAGUGUUUAUGGUUUCGAAACGUACUUCAUAGUUACUUGUAUGUAUACUACUUAGCCGAACCCACGGCGCAUGGCGUGGACGAUUGUACAUUUCAGCAUUACUACUACUGCUACUACUGCUACAACUACUGGAAACGAUUCUUUAGCAAUAAACCAUCAUUAUAUCCCCGGAGGUUGUGCCAGUGCCGGAGCUUUGAGCACCAAACAUCCGAACUGAGCGCAUCAGUUGCUCUUCCGGAACAAUGCUUUGAGCAAUAUGUUCUUUUGUAACUUGGAAUGUCAAUUCGACUCGUAACAGCAUCACAGUAGCACUGAAGAAACAAAGGAAAAAUCGAAACAAAAUUAAAGAAAUCAUAGUAACCAUUGAUCAAAGCAUGG